CAAAAUCAGGGUUCCUCGGAAAGGUGUCUGGUAUUCCUUUUCGAGUGUGCGGACCCUUCAAAAUUCCAACACUGUAUUUGCCCCUUUUUAGAGAGAGUGGAAGAGUUGGUGAGUGUUUGUUGUUAAUCAUGGCUUUGUUAAUGGAGCCUGGCGCAGAACCCUUAACAGAAAACGAGAAAGCAGACCUAGAUGCCAUUGCUGCUAUCAAAAAAUCAUCUGCCUUCGAACUCAAGGAUAAAGGCAAUGAGUAUGUUAAGAUGGGCAAAAAGCACUACUCGGAUGCAAUUGAUUGCUACACUCGAGCGAUUAACCAAAAGGCGUUAACUGACUCUGAUACCUCAAUUAUCUUCUCAAAUCGCUCUCACGUGAAUCUACUACUUGGGAAUUAUAGGCGUGCCUUGAAUGAUGCUGAAGAGGGAAUUAAGCUGUCUCCCUCAAAUGUUAAGGCACACUAUAGAGCUGCUAAAGCAGCCUUUUCAUUAGAGUUAUUUACUGAAGCAUUAGAGUUCUGUCGAAGAGGGCUUGAACACUCUCCUAGUAACGAUGAACUAAAGAAGUUGGAGAAGCAAAUUAACUCAAAAAUAUUAGAAAGAGAAAACCAUGAUGCUCAAGUUUCAAAGGCGAUUGCUGCAGCUAAGAAUAUUGUUUCUGCAGUUGAAAAGAGAAAUUUGAAGAUUGGGAAGGCUGCAUAUCAAGAACUUACUGGAAUGGUGAAGCCAACAUUGGAUAAACAAAAUAUUCUUCACUGGCCUGUUCUUCUUCUUUACGCAGAAGUAAUGUCUAGUGACUUUAUUGAGGAUUUUUGUGAGGUUGACAUGUUCUCGAAUCACCUUGAUAUGAUGUUUUCAGAAACUUCUCCACCAUUACCAUGGGAUACAGAACAUGCUUACACCCGUGAAACUAUCGAGUUGUAUUACGAGCAUCAGGCUGGAUCUGGAUCUCCCUUGUCAAAGACGGAAUAUCUUCGGCAUCUCUUAGAAGGCAGUGCUGGUUUUCUUGCAGAAAGCAUUGUUGAAGAAGAGAAAGAUGCAAGUGCGAGUUUAACUGAAAGCACCUCAGCAGGCAAAGUUUCUGUUAGCUGGGUCAAGGUAAAUGAAAAGAAAAUGCUUCAUGAUGUUCUGGGGCAGCCGAACUUUGUGAUUCCUGGAAUCCCAGUUUUCUAUGUUGUGUCCAAAUGCUCCAGCUUCUAUGAAAAGUUCAAAGACGGCAAAUGGGCUCCACCACCAUAAUUUUUUAGUACAAUGAGAAGAAAUAUAUCACGAAUGUUUAGUUAUGAGCCAGGUUUGAUCACUGCUAGCUCCAUAAGUGUUCGAGUGAUUAAUGUUUUGUUAUAUAACGCAUCGGGACAUGGAGGUCUGUUGAUAGUGGGCUGCUGAUUACAUUCGCCUCUUUGAAGUACCAAGAGACCGGUUUUUGAGCUACCAAACAUUUUAAUUUUAUGCAUUUCAAGCUCUGUCAAGAACCAGAACAUGCUGACUUGCCAAUUUAUAGCGUAAACAUGACUUAUCUAUUUUUGCAGUAAUACUGAUUGAUAUUUUAGUGAUUGUUCUGACUUUUUGAUUAGUGACGUUUAUGGACUUGGCAGUUUAUCAGUUUAUAUUUUUCCUGUAAUUAUUUUUUAUGGAGAAGAAAAUCUAGAUAUUAGAUAUGGGUCUCAAUCAUUGAGGCAUUUAGAUGA